CGGAGCAAGAUGGCGGCGGCAGGGGCGGCGGGGGGUUCCGGGGCCGCCGCGCCGGGUUCUUCUUCCUCAGGAGGAGGAGGAGGCGGAGGCGGCGGCGGGGCCUCCUCCUCGUCCUCCGCCGCCGCCUCCUCGGCCUCGUCUUCCCCGGCGGCCGCUUCGUCUUCGCAUUCUUCUUCGGCCUCGGCGGCGGCGUCCAACCCGCGCAAGUUCAGCGAGAAGAUCGCCCUGCAGAAGCAGCGCCAGGCCGAGGAGACGGCGGCCUUCGAGGAGGUCAUGAUGGAGCUGGGCACCACCCGGUUACAGGCUCAGAAGUUACGACUGGCGCACAGCCGAGGACCCUACUACAGCGGAUCGCUGCCCAACGUCAACCAGAUCGGAAGCGGCGCAGCAGAGUUUCAGGGUCCCCUCCAUUCUCCGCUGGACUCGGCCCGGGGCACGCGGCAUCACGGCCUGGUGGAACGGGUGCAGCGGGAUCCCCGCCGGAUGAUCUCGCCGCUGCGACGUUACGUACGACAAAUCGACAGUUCUCCUUACAGUCCGGCGUAUUUGUCCCCUCCUGCUGAACCCAGCUGGAGAAGGACGAUGCCUUGGAGCAAUUUCCCUGUGGAGAAAGAACGCUUGUUUAGACUGCCUGCCUCACUCAAUAGAACAAAUUCGGACUCCGCCCUGCACACCAGCGUGAUGAAUCCCAACCCACAAAACGCCUACCUGGGACCCUCCCAGGCGGGCCCCCCUCCCAAUCGCAAGAGCGGUUACCUAGAUCCGGAUACGGAUAGCAAAGUCUUUCUUUUCCAAGUGCCUUCCAUCGAAGAGAGCUUCUUGGACGACGGGAAGCAGUCGCUGAAACCUUGGGACACCAAGAAGCUCUCCUCGUCUUCCGCCCGUCCCCGUUCCUGCGAGGUGCCUGGAAUCCACAUCUUCCCGUCCCCCGACCAGCCUGCCAACUUGUCUCUCAUCCCGUCCAACCUCAACACGGGAGGGUCCCUGCCGGAUCUGACCAACCUGCACUUCCCUUCCCCGUUGCCUACGCCUCUCGACCCGGAAGAGUCGGCCUAUCCCAGCCUAAGUGGCGGAAGCAGCACCGGCAACCUGGCCAACACCAUGACACACCUGGGUAUCAGCGGCGGGAUGGGCCUUGGCCACGGCUACGAACCUCCAGGACUGUGUUCAUCUAUGCAGAGCUCCCUCAGUAACCCCUGCCUCCAGUCCUCGCUUAACGCCCCCGCCCUGCGCCCUGUGCCUUCCUCCCUCGGCGGCCAGUCCAUGCCUUCCUCCCUCAGCACCCCUUCACUCUCCACCUCGCUCAGCAACCCCUCCCUCCCCACCUCGCUCAGCGCCCACACGAUGCAGCCCGUCCCGGCUAACCCCCGGCUGCCCCCGCCGCCCCAUCCGCACCACCAGCCUCCCCCCGGCUUUGGGGGCCCGGCCUCCUCUUCCUCCUCUUCCUCCUCCACCGCUUCGUCCCCGGCCGCCUCCUACACCCCUCUGAACGCUUCUCCCCGGCGCAGGGUCCCCCUCAGCCCCCUGACUCUCCCCAUGGCUGGAGAUACGAGACGACAACACCCCAAACAGUUUUCGCCAACUAUGUCACCCACAUUGUCUUCCAUCACCCAGGGAGUACCGUUGGACACCAGCAAGCUCCCUGCAGACCAGCGGCUUCCGCCCUACCCUUACAGCCAGCCAGGCAUGCUCCUUCAGCACAGCCAGAAGUCCCAGCACCCGGUGCCCGGAGGAGUCCCUACCUCCCCUCAAACCCGCCAGCCCUCUCAGCCGCCCUAUCCCUACCCGACGCAUUACCAGCCUAAUUCCAUGCUCCAGCACCAACUCAACCAGCCGUUGGGUGACUUCGGCUUUGGCAACUUCGACCAGUACGGCUUUGUCGACAACAUGAUGGGAGGUUUUGCCUUCAACAGCAACGCCUUCGGGGAAGACAUGGGUGCCUUAAAUUACUCGCCGAGCGACAACAUGGGACCGCCGAUGGGCGGAGGGGGCGGCCACAGUAGCAACAGCACUGCCAUGAACGAUCCCCACUUACUCGGUCGUCAAAACCUGAGUAAUUGCAGCCGUCACGGUCCCAUUCCUAACAUCAUCCUCACAGGGGAUUCCCCGCCUGGCAUCUCCAAAGAAAUCGCCAACGUCCUGGCGGGCAUGCCGGGCUUCGAAAUGGACGCGGCUUCCCUGGGUCUGGAUGAGGAUCUGAAGAUCGAGCCGCUGAGCUUGGAUGGACUCAAUAUGCUGAGCGACCCUUACGUCCUGCUGACCGAUCCAUCUGUCGAAGACUCCUUCCGCACCGACCGGCUCCAGUGAACAGAACGGGUGCCCAGAGCCCCUCACACCACCACCACCCCGACCCCGGCAGGGAUAGCGGGACCCUUGCGAGCCGUGGAGAAUCAAACGGGGCCGGGGCACGCUGCCAAUCCUCGGGGACCCAAUCGAGACAGAGCGGACAAUUCGCGCUUUGCUUCCUCCCCGUUUCCCAAACGCCGCGUUCCCCCCCCCCAACCUGGGGAGACCCUCGUAGCUUCAGUAGCUUGAAUGCUCCCACGCUUGGUCGAGAGGCAGGGCCGGCCCUGGGUUCAAGGGACUCGAGGAGGGGCAAUGAGACAGCGGGAUAGCUGUCCUUUUCGAACCCACCUGGUGUCGGAUGGACCGUACGAGCGGAAGAAGCGAGGAGGGGAACCUCUUCCCAGACGUAUCCGGGUUGGGUGAGAUCGGGGGGGUCACCUUCUGAACCCCUCGAAUCAAGGAACGGGGUGAAGUGAAAGCAUCUCGGCCAUCUUUCGCCCCGUGUCUCUACCUGUGUAUCGUUUCCGUACAAGGUGGCUCCCAGAGGGAGGAGAGAAAGAGAGAAUGUCAAUCAUUUUGUUAUCGUUUUUUCCCCCCUUUAAUUUUUCUCGCCUAAUCGAUUUCUUGCUCUCUUUUUUUAUUUUUAAAGAAUUCUGUACAUAACCCUUUCUCCGUUUCCUUUUCCUUCUCCUCCUCCUCCCUUUCUUUCUCUCUUUCUCUCUCUGUCUCAAACUGCCGUGUUUUUUCACCCUGGAGAGAUGAAGGAGAAUAGGUUCUAGUUAAGGCACUUCUAACUUUUUCAUUCUUAAUCCGUCGGAUUUCGAAGACCAGCAGCCGAGGGCCGGGGAGCGAGGGGAGGGGGGCUAGUGGGAAGAAUCCUCUCCCCCCCAAGCCGGGUCGGCCACGGACCCAGCUUGUCGCCUCCUUCCACUUCCCUCCCCCUUCGAGGAGAAGAUGAAGCAGAAUGAUUUUAUUAUUAUUUUUUAAAUACAUGUGAAUUAUCAUGA